AUGAUAUUUGUGGUUAUUUGCGUCAGUUGUCUUGCCAUCUACAUCUAUCACAGUUGGUUCCGACGAAGGAAGUCUACACCGAAGCUGUUCUAUGGUGAUUCCAAACUCCACGAGUACAUUAUAAAUAAAGUACCACGGCUGAAAGAACCUUACAUCCCGCCGUUGGGACUCGGCAAUAGACAUGUACAUACAAUUAUCUGUUGCCUUGAGCUCUCACCUCUGAACUACAAGAGAGAAAACGUACAUUUACCGGACGGUGGUCUCGCUUCUCUAGACUGGUUGGACAACGAGGCGUGUCUGACGGACACAAGUCCCGUGUUGGUCGUAAUUCCGGGGGUGGGGGGAGGGAAGGAGGGUAUCAACAAAGUGUGCAAGAUGGCGGCCGGGAGAUUCAGAGUUGCAGUGUUCAACAGGCGCGGCCAUAGUGGUUCCUUACUCACAACACCGCGUCUCCAGUGCUUUGGGGAAACAAUUGACUUUCGCUACUGUGUGGAGCAUAUUCACCGAAAGUUCCCUAAUGCUGCCAUGGCUGGUGUUGCUUACUCCGCAGGAACGGCUAUACUGAGUAGGUAUAUGGGUGAGUACGCUGGGAGGUCGUACAUCGGCCCCUCUGUAUUCAUUGGGUCGGGAUUCGAUCUAUCAGAAAUCGAGGGCAUGAGUACCAUAUAUGAGAAAUUGAUACUUCAUUUGGUGAAAACGUCUUUGGUUAAACCGAACGAACAUAUUCUGAAGCCAGUUGUGGACAUCCAAGCUGUUUACAAUUCAAAGUCUAUAGAGGAAAUGGAGGGUCACCUUUACUUCAAGAUGCAUGGGUUCAAGGACGUUGAUGACAUGUGGCUGCACAACGACCCAAUGGCUAACGUUGAUUCAGUUGUCUCCCCUGUGUUGUGUAUCAACAGUCUGGACGAUCCGAUCUGUGUUGCUGGCAACAUACCCUAUGAUCAUUUCCAGCGGCCUAACUGGAUGUUGUUGACGACAGAGAAGGGUGGUCACUGUGGAUUCAUUGAGAACUACAAGCUUGAAUCCUGGGCAGGGAAACUGGCUGUGGACUACAUCGACGCAGUGUUGGAGUAUCAAGACGCAAGAGAGGAGGACAUUACACUUAAAUGUUGA